AUGACAAGUAACAUUUUGAUUCUUGGCGAUAAGGAAAUUCACACCGAGACGAUUGGCACCAAAUUACAAAAACAGGGCUGUCAAGUGAUUCACUUUUCACCCAACGACAAUCCUGAAAUUUCUCUUUCAUUUCAAGGAUCCGAAUUUCAUUGUGAAAUAUCUCAUACCAUGGACCAUCAAACCGAUUAUUACAAUUUUCAAGAGUUCGAUCGUGUUUGGAAUCGAAUGAAAUUUGGAACCAUGAUUGAAUGGAAACAUCCAAUGGAAAAAUUGGCAAGUGAUUUUUCAAAAGCAAGUUGGAAACAAGUCAUGUCCUCCUUAGAGAACAUUUUUCCACAUCAUCAGGAUGGCAAUGGACCUCAAUGGAUCGAUGCAUUUGGAACUUUGAACUUGAAUGGAAACAAACCUUUUCAAUUGAAAUUAGCUCACGAGUGUGGAUUGAAAAUUCCUGAAUGGACAUGCAUUACGAAUCGAAAAGAAAGUUUGAAAUCCUUUGAAAUGCCUUCUUUUCAUUCUUCUUCUCCUCGAUAUGGAAUGAUUAUGAAAACUUUGAGUCUCUGUGUGGCCCCUCCUUGCAACAGCAUGUUCACAAUUCCCAUUUCGUACAAUCAACUCUCAGAAAAAGAGCUCUCAUUGAGUCCCAUGAUUUUUCAACACAAAAUUGAGAGAAGACGCGAUUUUAGAAUUACCAUUGUUGGAAAAGGAAAGCAAGCGAAAAUGUUCAUUGCAGGAAUUGAGAUCAAGAAAGAGGAAGAAGGAGGAGGCGUCGAUUGGAGAGCCUAUCAACACGAAUCCGAACGAUUUACUAAAAUUGAAGAGAAUGCUUUGGACUCGAAAACUAGACAAUGUUUACUGGAAUAUCAUGAUCGUUCUGGAUUGCAUUUUGGAGCCUAUGAUUUGAUUGAGGAUCCUCACAAUGGAAAUGUGGUGUUUUUGGAAUGUAAUCCUCAAGGAAAUUGGUUGUGGAUUGAUUCAUUGUUGAACAUGGGAAUUACAGAAGAAAUUGUGAAUCUGUUGAAAGGUGACUAA